GGAAAAAGAACAUAAAAACGACUUUGAAAGUCAAUACACAAAUAACAAUCCCACUACUUCUACUUCAGUACUCUCUAUCCUAAAGACUUUAAAAGACAGACUUUCUGUUCGUCUUUCUUCACAUGACUCAAACCAACAUCCAAGCUUGUGCAACUGAGUUUUCUUUCUUCUUUCUGGGUUCAACGCUCUUUCUCAGAUAAUUAGUGACAAAAGCAUGAAGCAUGCAUCGUUUUUUGUUGUUGUCGUUUGGGCUCUGUUUGGGUUUCUGGGAAAGGGGUUUUCAGCAGUUUCAGAGGUUUGGGGCCAGGCUUCAGACUUUGAAUUUGGAGGUGAAUCUGGUUUCCAUACUGAAUCUCAAGUAACCUAUAACUAUGAUCGAAUUGAUGAAGUGAAAGAACAGUGUAAAUCUGUGUUAUCUUCUGCUUCUGAAUUGAAAACUGAUGGCAAUAUUAUUAAAAGAGAUCUAUUUUUGAAGAACGGGGAUUGGUUUCAGGUCAAGGGUCAAGCCCCAAUAAUGCCAUUUGAUGAUAGAUAUCGAACUACUGAGAAGAACUCAACGAUGUUUGAGUACAUUUCAAACCCGAAGCCGAAGGGUGAUCCCUUGAACUUGGUUUCAUUCCAGGUUACACAUGUGAGCCCUUUCCAUCGAUCAAAGAAGUCUGUUAGUAUCAGUGGCACUCUGAACUUAGCCAUUACUGAAGAUGGUGAGUCUUAUUGGUAUGGUGGGCGUAAGAGCCCUGAGUUUCAUAUUUGGCCGGGGUUUUCGAAUCUCCUUAUUGAAUUCCAAGGGGUUUACACUGAAUCUGAAAAUAAUGGAGGGGAAAGAGUGGUUUGUAUGUUGGGGAAUGCGAUGUUGCCAUCUCGAGAAUCGAAGCCUACUAAUCCAUGGGAAUGGGUGAAUGCUUCUUCACCUUACAGCUACGAGAACCCUCCUUCAUCGCAGGAUGAUAAGAUUCUACUUGUUCUUCGCUUGCCAAAGAAGCUUAAUUUGACGAGCAGAGCAAUCCGAGGCCAAAUGAGUAGUUUGAACGCGAAAGCGAACCAAAAGUACUUUGAUGAUGUUUACAUAGUGUCACAGUUGGGGAGAAAAAGUUCAUCAAUCUAUUAUGACUUCACCUCUGAUAAGCUGGUUUCGAAAGCCUGUGAUCCUUACCCGUAUAAGAUAACUGAUGAUGGCUCGUUGUUGAUACCGGGAAUAAGUGUCUACAAAGGGAAUCAUUUUUGUGAUAUGUUUGAGGAGAUCACCUCGAAUCGACAACCUUUCACCGUUCUGCCAAACUGGAAUUGUAGUGGGAAAGAUGAAUUCUGUAGCAAGUUGGGUCCAUUUGGGAUCAACAAAACAGAUGGUGGUUUCAAAGGUGUCAGCCUUUAUAUAAAAGUGGUUAGAUGUGAGCAAUCAAAUGGCCACGGAAGUACCAGUUCAGCAAAACUGUCAGUUGAAUUUAGAGCCUCUCCUCCAUCGGAGAAUCCAUAUACUGCCUCCAGGAGAUCAGGGAUUGGAAACUUGACUGUUGCUGCUGAGGGAAUUUGGAAUUCUACCAGUGGGCAGCUUUGCAUGGUUGGUUGCCCUGGAAUCGUUGAUCCUGAAGGGAAUGGAUGCAAUUCUCGUAUCUGUUUGUAUAUCCCUACCUCAUUUUCUUUAAAGCAAAGAAGCAUUAUGUAUGGGACUUUUUCAAGCAUUAGUUCAAACGCUCCAUCAUACUUUCCCCUUUCAUUUCAAAAGUUUAUAAACCACCCUUCAUAUCUCCGGAACUACUUUCAAGGCUCACAUCCAUCUUACAGUUACUCAACCGCUACAAGAGCUGAUACCAUCUUGAAAAAAAAUGAGGACUUCAGUCUUCAAACUACGAUCAAGAAAUCAUUGCUGAAAUUCCCAAAACUUGAAGAUGCUGCAAACUAUAACGUUAGCCUUUCUCUUCUCUCAGAAGAUCUCACAUUCUAUACCUAUGCUGCCCCAGAUUCAAAGACUCCUAAAUCUCGGGUUCGAAGAACAAAUAUUCAGAUGAAUAUUCUCUCACUUGGCCCCCUAUUUGGGAGCUUUUCAAGAAAUACAUUCAGUUUCGGCGCGGUUGACAGUGAGACUGAGACUCCAUACCACACUAAGGCUGAAUACACAGAGAAUCAGCUCCUUUUGAAUGUGUCAGGCCUGCUCACAGUCACUGGAGGAGAGGGGUACAGUAAUAUUUCGGUACUUUUCUUGGAGGGUAUCUAUGACCAACGUGUUGGAAAAAUGUUCUUAGUUGGCUGUAGGGAUGUGCGAGCCUCUUGGGAAAUAUUACAUAAGAGCCAGGAUCUUGAAGCCGGGUUGGACUGUUUGAUUGACGUGAUUGUAUCGUAUCCUUCUACUACAGCUCGCGGGUUAGUCGAUUCGCUUGCCAGAAUUAACAUAGCCAGCAAAAGAAAUGACGAUGACCCUCUUCAUUUCAGUCAAGUCAAGUUCCAAACUGUCCCAAUAACUUACAGGAAUCAGAGGGAAGACUUCCUAUCUCGUAGGGGAAUUGAGGGAAUCCUCAGGAUUCUGACUCUUUCAUUUGCGAUUGCUUGUAUUACAGCGCAAUUGUUUCACACUCAGAGGAAUACGGACUCUGUUCCAUACAUGUUUCUUGUCAUGCUUGGGGUCCAAGCAAUUGGAUACAGUAUUCCUUUAGUCACAGGCGCCGAAGCUCUCUUCAAGAAGGCUAGUUCUGAAUCCUACCAAUUGUAUAACUAUCUCGAAAGCAGCCGAUGGUUCGACGUACUUGAUUACACUGUGAAGCUUCUUGUUAUGGUCUCGUUGAUACUGACUCUAAGGCUUUGUCAAAAAGUGUGGAAAUCUCGCGUGAGAUUGCUAACACGAGAUCCUCUCAAACCCCAUCGCGUCCCAAGUGACAAGAAGGUGCUUCUGAGUAACGUGGCGAUACAUCUAAUUGGCUACCUACUUGUUCUGUUCCUUCGUAGUACGAGAGGUGACCAAAGGACUAGAAGCUAUGCAUAUAUUGGAGCAAACUCUAUUGUUCAGAGUGAAUGGGAAGCUGAGCUUGAACAGUAUGUUGGUCUUGUCCAAGACUUUUUCCUUCUCCCACAAGUAAUUGGCAACUUGAUAUGGCAGAUUGAUUGUCAAUCACUUAGAAAGCUGUACUACAUCGGAAUCACUUUGGUUAGACUUCUUCCGCAUCUCUAUGAUUACGUUAGCGAUCCCAACAUUCCUUAUUUCCCUGAAGAGUACGAGUUUGUUGAUCCAAGUAUGAACUUCUACUCGAAGUUUGGAGACGUUGCCAUUCCUGUGACGGCAAUUGUUCUUGCAGUUUUGGUUUAUGUUCAGCAGAAGUUGAGCUACGAGAAGCUCAGCCAGAGUCUUACUUUCGGACGGUGCAGGCUUCUUCCAUUUGCAUCAAGAAUAUAUGAAAGGCUGCCUUCAACUUCCAAGGCAUUCGAAGCAGAGCUUUCUCCUGGUGUUAAUGGUGGUAAUAAUGCUAAUGAGAAAGACCACGAUUUGGAAUGAGGUUGCUUUUUUCUCAAAACUAUAUGGUUUGUAAAAAUAUAAAGGUAGGCGUUGAUGGGUGGUUCCUUUUUCUUUGAGAUGUUGGCAUAUAAUAAGAGUGAGAGGCCCUUUGCUUCUGGUUUUUGUUACAAAGCUUACUUGGUGAAUGAGUUUUACAAGCAUGAUCUUCAAAACCUCAUAAAUAAGUAGUGAUUUUCAAAGAAAUGAUAUCUUAAAUAAUAUAUCCACAAUUUAUAAUCAUUCAAAAUUUAUUUAUUGAUUUUUAUGCAUCUUAAGUAUGGCAAAGUAUUAAAACAGAACAAAGCUGCCUGAUCUCAUCACUAAUGCUAUGUCUUUAGAGCAGUUAAUUUCCAUAGAAGGAACACUCUUUUACAGAGAAACAACAUUAUGGAUGCAACCUGCUCUUUUACAGAGUAAUUCAGGUGGUUUUUUAAGUGCCCAAAUCUAAAAAGGGAUAUAGUUGUGUCUUAAAGGCAAGUAAAGUUAAUAGAAGAGAGCAACGUUAUUUCAGUUUAAA